GCGGCGGCUCCACCCCUCCCGCAGACGAAGGCAUGGCGAGCACCGAGGCUAGAAGGGAGUGUGAGACAGAGGGCUGCAGCAAGGACGCCAAACUCCAGUGUCCCACAUGUAUCAAGCUCGGUAUCCAGGGCUCCUAUUUCUGCUCACAGGAAUGUUUCAAGGGAAGCUGGCAGUCUCACAAGUUGCUGCACAAAAAAGCCAAGGAAGACAAGAACCAGAAUGAAUCUAAAAACUGUGUGGAGAGAGACAUCAACACAGACCCAUGGCCGGGCUACCGCUACACUGGGAAGCUACGUCCUCACUAUCCUCUGACUCCCAUGAGGCUGGUCCCGGGUGACAUCCAAAGACCCGACUAUGCUGAUCAUCCCAGAGGAAUGUCUGAGUCGGAGCAGUUCUUGAAGGGGACGUCACAAAUCAAGAUCCUUCCCCCCGAGGACAUCGAAGGCAUGAGAAUCGUGUGCAAGCUGGCGCGAGAAGUUCUGGACAUCGCCGCUCUGUUGGUGAAGCCAGGUGUUACCACAGAGGAAAUCGAUCAUGCAGUUCACCUGGCCUGCACAGCCAGAAACUGCUACCCCUCCCCUCUCAACUACUAUAACUUCCCCAAGUCCUGCUGUACGUCCGUCAAUGAAGUGAUCUGCCACGGGAUCCCCGACAGAAGACCCCUGCAAGAAGGAGACAUCCUCAACGUGGACAUCACCGUCUACCACAACGGUUUCCAUGGCGACCUCAACGAAACCUUUUUCGUCGGCGACGUGGAAGAAGGGGCAAAGAAGCUGGUUCAGACUACAUACGAAUGCCUUAUGCAAGCCAUCGACUCCGUGAAGCCGGGUAUCCGCUACAGGGAGCUGGGGAACAUCAUCCAGAAGCACGCCCAGGCCAACGGCUUCUCGGUGGUGAGGAGCUACUGCGGCCACGGCAUCCACAGACUGUUCCACACCGCUCCCAACGUGCCACACUACGCCAAAAACAAAGCGGUCGGAGUCAUGAAGCCGGGUCACGUGUUCACCAUCGAGCCCAUGAUAUGCGAAGGCGGCUGGCAGGAUGAGACGUGGCCCGACGGCUGGACGGCGGUGACCAGAGACGGGAAGCGCUCGGCCCAGUUCGAACACACUCUGCUGGUGACGGAGACCGGCUGCGAGAUCCUCACCCGCCGCCUGGAGGACAACGGACAGGCUCAUUUCCUGAGCCAAAUGUAGGCUGGACCGGAACGCACCAAGGACUGGACUUACUCAGACACACACACACACGCACACACACCCAGCACACACUUACGUACACACUCACACGCGCGCGAUUGAAAUCAUGAGGCACCGCUCUUAGAGUUCAGUGUCACUGCUGCUCUCGUGAUCCUUGGAUUAAAUAUUGGUUCCUCAAAAUAAAUGGAAGUACUUGAAUGUGUCUUAUAUCAGAUGUGGAUUUGCUUUAUUAGUGAAAACUGUAUCCUCUGGAGGAAAUAUCAAAGUAUUUAUGAGAUUUAGGUUCCGCUCAGUGGUCAGGCUGGACAUCAGACCUGUGUUCUGGCUGGUAUCACUCUGCGUUCAUGGCAGAUUCGACUGGCACGCCACGCUUUGCUUCCGUUCUCCCAGCCUCUCCUAACUUAAUCGCACGUUUUAUUCAUUUACCGGAGGAAGACUGAGCCGAGUCAGCAAUACCAAGAGUCACAGGAGGAUUCCGGCGAAGCAGUGUCGACAAGACUCAGCAGUUAGCAACUCAAGAUUUAGACAGAAAAUCUGAGGUCGCAUGUGAAGCUCAAGCAGCUCCCCUGGAUAUCUGCAGCACUCCUGCCACACAGCAGCACGCCGGUGCAGAAAGUGUAAAAACACUCGCAUUAGCACGUUGUUUAUGGUACGACACGCCAAAACAGCUAAAAGAAAAAAAAAAAAAAAAAAAAGCAACUCGGUGUGUACAAAAUGUUUUCUGACUUGCAGUGUUAGUUUAGCUCAUCUUGAACUAAAGACACACCCAGACUGUCCUGAGAGCUAAUUGAUCCUGAGCAGCAGUGUUUUUACAAGUUCCAGCAUGUGACUUUCAGUGUUAGUUCACUAGACCCCCCCCCAAAGUGUUUAUAUUAGCAGUCCAGCUGAGUUCCUCUUAUAGGAACGUGUUCUUAAUCAGCUGCAGCUGUUUGACAGCGUUUCUGCGGAUAUCCAGGCGGAGGAAUCACUACGUAGUUACUAAUCGCUGCACUUCUCAGUCCCGCUUUGAGGGAAAACCUCUGCGUUGUCCCAGUCUCCAACAGCCCUGGUGUAGCAGAAAUCAGCCUUAACAUGUGAAUUUGAGAAUAGAAGCAUCGCCGGACGUCUCAAAGCAUGUGAACCGGUGUCCCUCCUCUUCCCCUAAAAACUAAGCAAGAGGGCGCAGCAGUGGUUAUCUCUACUGCUCAGAGCAGUAAUGUGAUUUCAGUUUCUCUGCCAUCUUUGUAUUUCUUCUAACGGAGUAAUAAAUGACUCUUCUGUA